UUAGAGAGGUUUGUUUCUUGUGCAGACAUACAGAAAUAAUUGGAUUUGUGUGUCUGUUUAUCAUUCUUCUGGUUUGUAUCUUUUGCAAGCAGUAGCUGCUUUACUUCCUGAAUAGUGCACUGCAUCAUGAAAUUGGAGGUGCCAGAAAGUUUUGAAGAUGUUGCUGUUGAAUUUUCAAGGGAGGAGUGGGAGAUGCUGAGUGAAAAGGAGAAGAAGUUACACCAGGAAGUGAUGGUGCAGAACUUCGAUCACAUGAUAGAUGUCGGGUAUAACAUCCCAGUGGAUCACCUUUGGUCACUUAUUUUGAAAGAUAAGAUUCUUCCAUCUGAUAACGGUGACAGAGGAAUGACUUUGCAGCAAAACCAGCUUCCGGGUAACAUAAUUAGCAUCAACAGGGAUGGCGAUUUCUCUGAGAUCCAGAGUCUACAGUCAUUUCAUGAGAAAUCCCGGGAUGCUGAAUUUAACAAAGCUCUCUCAGAUAAGAUGUUAAUCACAAGGCAAGAUGCAGUUUAUUCUGAAACCAGACAUUACUCUAAGGAAAGUAAUGGUCGAUUUAUCAAAAAAGACAUGCUAGAAAUCCAUCUCCAAACUUGCAGGGAAGUGACAUGCAGUCAGCAUAAUCACAAAAAUAGUGUAACAUCCAAUGGUAAUAAUUUAACUGAUCAAUUAAGUCACAAUGGGAAAACACAAAAUAAUACAAUGGCAUUACCUGAGCAGAUAUGCAAUAAAGAGAAGUAG